AUGCUCACUACCACACACCACUUUACCGCGCUUGCGCGUAACUCCACCGUCCAACAGCUCAAGCGCUCGGUCUCCACCACUACCGGUCUCAUCCCCAACACCCGCAACUCGUCCUUUGCCCGCCCAGCUCGUCUUGCCCGGGCCAUCCCUCCCCAGCGUUACUUCUCAUCCACUAGCAGAAUCAACAUGCCCCCUCUCCCCAUCCAGAAGGCUGAGGAAGUCGGCGAGUAUGACAUCUUUGUCAUUGGCGGCGGCUCUGGCGGUCUCGCUACUGCCCGUCGUGCUGCCUCCUACGGCGCCAAGGCUGGUCUCGUCGAGGGCUCGCACCGUCUCGGCGGUACUUGCGUCAACGUCGGCUGUGUUCCCAAGAAGGUCAUGUGGUACACUGCCGAGGUCGCCGAGGGCAUCCGCCACGCCUCGUCUUACGGCUUCGGUACCGAGGCCGAGGACAAGAAGAUUGCGGACAACUUCAACUGGCCGUACCUGAAGGAGAAGCGCGACGCGUACAUCAAGCGCCUGAACGGCAUCUACGACCGCAACCUUGCCAAGGACGGCGUCGACUACCACGAGGGCCACGCCUCGUUUGUCGAUCCCCACACCCUCGAGAUCACCAAGGAGGACGGCUCCAAGUACCAGGUCAAGGCCAAGAAGAUUGUCAUUGCUGUCGGCGGCGUCCCCACCGUUCCCACCGAGGAGCAGGUCCCUGGUGCCCAGUACGGUAUCACCUCUGACGGUUUCUUCGAGCUCGAGGAGCAGCCCAAGCGCGUCGCCGUCGUCGGUGCCGGCUACAUUGCCGUCGAGCUUGCCGGUGUCUUCAACUCGCUCAACACGGAGACGCACCUGCUCAUUCGUACCGAGCACGUUCUCCGUACGUUCGACCCGAUGCUCAGUGACGUUCUCGUUCCCUGGAUGGAGCACACUGGCAUGCGCGUGCACAAGAACUCGGGUGUCGAGAAGGUUGAGAAGACGGCCACCGGCCUCCGCCUCACCGGCAAGAACAUCGACAUUGAGGUCGACUGCCUCAUCUGGGCCAUUGGCCGCCACUCGAACGUCGAGGGCCUUGGACUCCAGAACGCCGGCGUCGAGGUCAACAAGAAGAACGACAUCCCCGUCAACGAGUACCAGGAGACGAAUGUUCCGGACGUCUACGCCCUGGGCGACGUGGCGGGCAAGGCUCUCCUGACGCCCGUGGCGAUCGCGGCCGGCCGCCGCCUGUCGAACCGUCUCUUCGGCCCCGCGCAGUACAAGAACGACAAGCUCGACUAUGACAACAUUCCCUCCGUCGUCUUCUCGCACCCGCCCAUCGGCUCUGUCGGCCUCAGCGAGCCAGACGCGCGCAAGAAGUACGGCGACGACGACAUCAAGGUGUACAAGACGUCGUUCCGCGCCAUGUCCAACGCCAUGCUGGAGGAGGACGCCAAGCAGCCCACCAGCUACAAGAUGAUCUGCCAGGGCAAGGACGAGAAGGUCGUCGGCCUCCACCUCAUCGGCGAGGGAAGCGACGAGAUGCUCCAGGGAUUCGCUGUCGCGAUCAAGAUGGGUGCCAAGAAGCAGGACUUUGACGACACGGUCGCUAUCCACCCCACGUCCGCCGAGGAGGUCGUCACGAUGCGAUAA